ACCACGAAGGAGGCCCUCAUGCCCUGCCACCCACCAAGCUCAUGAUAAACGUGCAUGAAACACGAAGGAGGCCCUCAUGCCCUGUUUUUAUAAUUUUUUUCAACAUCUAUAUAUAGGCUUUCCGUUAAACCUGUACAGCGUCGACACAGCUGCUCAUUUUUCUCUCGCUCGCACACACCCAAAUCAACUAGUGCUUGCCUUUCUCAUUUCUCACUUUUACUGCGCCGAUCGUUUCACUCUCAAACUGUUACUUACCAUUUAGAGAUCAACAAAGAAAUGGACAUUAGUCUCGGAAGAAAGGUUGGAGCAGAGUUUCUGGGCACGUUCCUUCUCAUGUCUGCGGCAAUAGGCGCUGCAAUUGAAAAAGAGAAGUCGCAAGGAUCAGUGGUGGGAUGUGCAGUAAUUAGUGGAGUUACUGUGAUGAUAAUCAUAUGCUCCAUAGGCCACAUCUCCGGAGCUCAUCUCAACCCCGCUGUCACCAUCUCCUUUGCUGUAAUAGAGCACAUGCCGUGGAAGAAUGUGCCUGUGUAUAUUGGUGCACAAGUUUUGGCAUCAGUGAGUGCUGCAUUUGCUCUGAAGUUAAUUUUUCAUCCAUUCAUGAGCGGUGGAGUGACGGUCCCUUCGGUGGGAUAUGGGCAAGCUUUCGCUGCAGAGUUCAUGGUCAGCUUUACUCUUAUGUUCGUUGUCACUGCAGUGGCCGACGGCACAAGAGUUGUGCGAGAGUUCCCGGGAAUCAUUAUGGUGCAGGUGCGAUUGUUCGCGGGAAUCGUGGUGGGAGCCACUGUCAUGAUCAACAUACUCAUGGCGGGGGCAGCAACUGGGAGUUCAAUGAACCCGGCUAGAACACUGGGUCCAGCAAUUGCUGCACACAACUACAAGGGCAUAUGGAUCUAUCUCACAGCUCCAAUACUUGGAUCUCUAUGUGGGGCAGGUGCCUACACUGUGCUCAAGCUGCCUGAUCGCAACACUACUAUGCAGGAAGAGUGAUAGCAACAAAGGCACCUUCUGCUCAUAAUGGGAGCUUCAGAAGGUGAUGAUAUGAUUAACCAUAUCCCCGGCAAUUCUUCAUCACAUGCUGCACGUACCUAUAUAUUAGAUUACAUAUCGAUCUGUUUAAUGUAAAGUAUGAGUUAUUUUUGCACAUGCACGUACCAUGCAUGCAUCUUCUGUGGCUGUUGUUGUUUUACUAAAUAUUAUGAGUAGAAAGAAAACGAGCAGCAUGGGAUCUUUACCUCCCAUUUUGUCAUCUUGUUGUUGUGGACUUUUCCUAUUCCAUUCAUCUUCACUUCACUCAAAAUUAAAUAAUAAGGUUUCUUAAUUUAAUAAUUUA